CAGCAUGAGGGCCCUGGAACACCUGCUUCUGUAUCGUUCACGUGUGCUUUUCAGUUCCACUCUGGUUGGAUUUAAAUGAAGAUUGAUGGUGUCUCCAUGACCCACAGAAAUGGUUAUUUAUUAUAUUGCUGCACAUUGGAAUCACCUGGGGAGCUUUUCAAAUUCCGAAUAUGCAGGUUAUCCUCUCCAACGCCAAGAGAUCAGACCCUCUGGAGAUGGGAGGAGAGCGUCUGUACUUUUUUUUUUGUUUUUUGGUUGUUUUUUUUUUUUUUUUUUUUUUUUUUUUUUUCGAGACAGGGUUUUUCUGUGUAGCACUGGCUGUCCUGGAACUCACACUGUAGACCAGGCUGGCCUUGAACUCAAAAAUCCACCUGCCUCUGCCUCCCGAGUGCUGGGAUCAAAGGCGUGCACCACCACGCCCGGCGUCUGUACUUUUAAAGCUCCUUCCCAAACUGCACAGAAGCUUGAGAAAGCCAAGUUCAUAAAACAUUUUACAAAAUAAUUGUAUAGUUCUGAGAAAAUGCUGCAGUUUCUGGGGGCCUGGGGGAAGAAACUGCCCCCGUGGCCCCAAGCUACCAGUGGGAUUUGGAACUGCCCACACUUGAACUUAUAUGAACUGCGCAGGCUCUGUUUCCAAAAGCCUCUCACCCGCUAUUUUAAGGAAGUGAAAGAACCGAAGGGUGUCCUGCUGUGACACAAGUCUGGGGCCCCAAUCUUCCUCUACUGGCUUUGCCUUUGCUCUGCUGCUGGCCAUGUCCCCGCAGUGCUCACACACCUGUUUGCCACAGUAUUUAUGAUCUUCUGUUCAUGUGUGCAAGCCUCUGGUCAUACCAGUAAUUUUAGACUAAUUUUGAAAAAAAAAAAAAAAAAAAAAAGACGAGUCGUGUCUGUCAACACUCCAGGUGUAAGCAACUGGAGUCCAGCUUAGUAGAGACUCCUGCCAGAGUCCCUGUAUCCCUGCCAUCUGAGGCCCUGGAGAUUCUAAGCAGAUAAAAUGAGCAACCGGCCCUUGGAGGCCCGGGUAGGGCAAGCAGCUGUGGUAAAACCCAGGGCCUUAUGCACGCUCGAGUAGCAGCAGGAGACUAAGCAGAUAAAAGGAGCCAUGACUUCUGACGCUAGUCAUAUGCUGGAAGCUGCCCUGGAGCAGAUGGACGGGAUCAUUGCAGGCACUAAAACAGCUGCAGAUUUUAGUGAUGGUACCUGUGAGCCUGGGCUGUCUCCCCCAUCCACCUGCUUGAACUCCAUGCCUGUGCUCCAUCUCAUUGAGGACCUGAGACUAGCCUUGGAGAUGUUGGCACUUCCUCAGGAAAGAGAAGCCCUCCUGAGCCAGGUCCCUGGCCCAACAGCUACCUACAUAAAGGAGUGGUUUGAGGACAGCUUGUCCCAGGUAAAUCACCACGGUGCUGCUAGUAAUGAAACCUACCAGGAACGCCUGGCACGGCUAGAAGGAGAUAAAGAGUCCCUCAUACUACAGGUGAGCGUCCUCACAGAUCAAGUGGAAGCCCAAGGAGAGAAGAUUCGGGACCUUGAAGUGUGUCUGGAAGGCCACCAGGUGAAGCUCAAUGCUGCAGAAGAGAUGCUUCAGCAGGAGCUGCUAAGUCGCACAUCUCUGGAGACCCAGAAGUUGGAUCUGAUGACUGAGGUGUCUGAGCUGAAGCUCAAGCUGGUUGGUAUGGAAAAAGAACAGAAAGAACAAGAAGAAAAACAGAGAAAAGCAGAGGAGUUACUGCAAGAGCUUAAGCACCUCAAAAUCAAGGUGGAGGAGCUGGAGAACGAGCGGAACCAGUAUGAGUGGGAGCUGAAGGCCACCAAGGCUGAGGUAGCCCAGCUGCAAGAACAGGUGGCCCUAAAAGAUGCAGAAAUUGAGCGUCUCCACAGCCAGCUCUCCCGGAGUGCAGCUCUCCACAGCGACCAUGCAGAGCGAGAUCAAGAAAUCCACCGUCUGAAAAUGGGGAUGGAAACACUGCUGGUUGCCAAUGAGGAUAAGGACCGUCGGAUAGAGGAGCUGACAGGGCUGUUGAACAAGUACCUAAGGGUAAAGGAGAUUGUGAUGGCAACUCAGGGGCCUUCAGAAAGAACCCUCUCCAUCAAUGAAGAUGAAAUAGAGGGAAGCUUCCGAAAAUGGAAUACCACAAAUAAAAGCCCAGAGGAAGUCCCGAAGCAAGAGAUAUCACCACGAUGCAGCUCUCCCACCCCAGGACCACCUCCUUUGCCACAGAAAUCACUGGAGAGCAGGGCUCAGAAGAAACUCUCCUGCAGUCUAGAAGACUUGAGACGUGAAUCUGGGGAUAAGUGUGUCGAUGGGAACCAGCUGUCCCCAGUGGGAGAGCCCAAGGACAGCUCUUUCCUAGCGGAGCAGAAAUACCCCACAUUACCUGGGAAGCUUUCAGGAGCCACACCCAAUGGAGAAGCUGCCAAAUCUCCUCCCACUGCCUCCCUCCAGCCUGACUCUUCAGGGAGCAGCCAGCCAAAGCUGAAUCGCGGCUGGAGUGUCAGUGCUCCCGUAUUAGGAGACACAGAAGGAGGCUGGGAAGAUAUAGUCUCAUCUGCUUCGUCUGGGACUGAGUCAAGCCCUCAGUCUCCCGUGACACCAGAUGGCAAACGGAGCCCCAAAGGCAUUAAGAAGUUCUGGGGAAAGAUCCGAAGAACUCAGUCUGGAAACUUCAAUACUGAUGCACCGGGGAUGGCAGAGUUUCGACGAGGUGGGCUCCGAGCAACUGCGGGACCAAGGCUUUCUAGGACCAGGGACACCAAGGGACAGAAAUGUGAUGCCAAUGCCCCCUUUGCCCAGUGGAGCACAGAACGCGUAUGUACAUGGAUGGAGGAUUUCGGCCUGGGUCAGUAUGUGAUCUUUGCCAGACAGUGGGUGACAUCUGGACAUACACUACUGACAGCUACCCCUCAGGACAUGGAAAAGGAGCUAGGGAUUAAACACCCCCUCCACAGGAAGAAGCUGGUUUUAGCAGUGAAAGCUAUCAACGCCAAGCAAGAAGAAACGUCUGCGCUGCUGGACCACAUUUGGGUGACACGGUGGCUUGAUGAUAUUGGCUUACCCCAAUACAAAGACCAGUUUCAUGAAUCAAGAGUUGAUGGGCGAAUGCUGCAAUACCUAACUGUGAAUGAUCUACUCUUCUUAAAAGUCACCAGCCAACUACAUCAUCUCAGCAUCAAAUGUGCUAUUCACGUGCUACAUGUCAACAAGUUCAACCCCAACUGCCUGCACAGGAGGCCUGCUGAUGAGAGUAACCUUUCCCCUUCCGAAGUUGUGCAGUGGUCCAACCACAGGGUAAUGGAGUGGCUGCGAUCCGUGGACCUGGCAGAGUAUGCACCCAACCUUCGAGGGAGUGGCGUCCAUGGCGGCCUCAUUAUCCUGGAGCCUCGCUUUACUGGGGACACCCUGGCUAUGCUUCUUAACAUCCCCCCACAGAAGACGCUCCUCAGGCGCCAUCUGACCACCAAGUUCAACGCCCUGAUUGGUCCUGAGGCUGAACAGGAAAAGCGAGACAAAAUGGCCUCACCCGCCUACACACCUCUGACCACCACCGCCAAAGUUCGGCCUAGGAAACUUGGAUUUUCACAUUUUGGAAACAUGAGAAAAAAGAAGUUUGAUGAAUCUACAGAUUACAUUUGCCCCAUGGAGCCUGGAGAUGCUGUCAGUGACAGCCACAGGGUCUACGGAGUCUACCGGGGCCUCAGUCCCCUUGACAACCAUGAACUAGAUGGUUUGGACCAGGUGGGACAGAUAAGCUGAUGACCCUGUUAUCUGCCUUCUCUGUGCACGGAGAGCUCACAGUAACACUGUGUGUCACCACGUAACUGCACUUCACCCUCGUCCUUUUGCAUGAUCUACAGAAAACAAUUGUGUCUUUGGGCUGGUCUCACUACACACUUUAAGGAUGGUCAGAAUAUGCAGUUAUACAGCCACAAAGGGGACAGACUUUGGGGAACUAUAGCCAAAUGUGGACUCUGGGAAAACACCUGCAGACAUUAGUAGAUGUUUAGUAAUUCAUAGUAUCCAUGUUUCAGCUUGAAACACAUGAGCAGAGGGCAGGCCCUGGGUAAUCGCAAAAGGUUCAGUUCUCAGACGCUGCCCCUAUUCUUCAGUCGAGGGAAGAAUUCAAGUGCCUUAGGUUUGUGAGCCACAAAGUCUUGGCUGAGAUCAAAGUGCCAACAGCGGAUGUUUGGACCAUAGUGACAAUGUAAUUUGAUUGUACCUUACUAUAGAGUGGCCACUUGUUUCUGAUAAUAAAAACAAUAUUUAUGUAGAAA